CCUACGCAGCCCCGGCAAUCACCCGCCAAUUCCACCACCUAAAACGAUGGCUCAAACAACCACCAUUUUUUCCCUAACCGCCACACCCAAGCCAAUUCCCGCCAAACACACAGUCCGGAGCAACCUUAUCCUGCGCACCCUCUGCACUAUCCCACGCACUCAUCCCCUUCUAUUUUGUGCAAAUGCCAUCUCAGCAAAGCCUUUGCGAGCAAACCCACCUCAGAAAUACAUCUACCCUGACCCCAACCCAGAAUUUGCUGAAGCUGAGACGAAAAAGUUCAGAGAGGAGCUGGUGAAGAAGCUAUCAAAGGAAAAGGAGACUUAUGGGGGUGAGCUUGAUGCUGUGGUAAAUGUCUGUACAGAUAUAUUUAGCGAAUUUCUGUACUCGGAGUACGGAGGACCUGGAACAUUAUUGGUGGAGCCUUUCACUGAUAUGAUGGUGGCACUGAAGGAGAAGAAACUUCCUGGAGCGCCUUUAGCUGCACGAACAUCCUUGUUAUGGGCUCAAAAUUUUCUUGACCGCGACUGGGAAAUUUGGAACUCUACACCAGAGAAAUGAUAGUAGUCUUUUGUGGUGUACUGUACUAACUACCAAUAUUUCCAUCCGUUGUUUCCUUUCCGAUCAACCGAGAGAACUAAGCAGAGAAGUAAUUUGCAGGUUCAUUAUGAUAUAUUUGUCAUCGAACAGUGUAAGUUCUCAUUGCUCUCCUAUCUAUUAUACAUCGAUAUGAUUACUGAG